UUGGAAAACAGAAGGUUGUCCUCCACCGACAAGGCGUCCUGGGACACAUUUUAGGACUUAACCACGCGAUUACGCGUUCCCUCACUCACUCACUCACUUUCGUUAUUACAUCGCAGCUGAGCCAAUCGGCGUCUGAGUAAUCACCUGAGUCCGCUUGUAGCCCGAGUCAACUCAGCGAGCCACAAUGCUGGAGCGUUGCCUGGGAACUCGGCGGGUCCGUCAGAUCCAUAGAGCGUGCCGUCACAGCACCGUCACCUUCCUCUGUCUCUUCCUCACCGUCAUCGUCCUCCGUGGCACCAUCGGUGCCGGAAAAUUCGGCACGCCGGAGCAAGACUUCAACGAGAUCCGCCAGCACAUCUCUGCCGCCCGUGCCCGCCGCGUCCUUGAAGAAUCCAAACCUGACACUGCCUCCGACACCACCUCCACCAACUACGCCACCUUCGAUCUCUCCAAGAUCCUCGUCGACGAAGACACCGGCGACGAGCAUAAGCGUGACCCUAACGCGCCCUACACUCUCGGCCCCAAAAUCUCGGAUUGGGACCAACAGCGCCAACAAUGGCUCCGAGAUAACCCUGAUUACCCGAAUUUCAUCGGAUCCAACAAACCACGGGUUCUGUUAGUAACCGGUUCAUCGCCCAAACCGUGUGAAAACCCGGUUGGGGACCAUUAUCUUGUGAAAUCGAUUAAGAACAAGAUUGAUUAUUGUAGGGUUCACGGGAUUGAGAUAUUCUACAACAUGGCUCUUUUAGAUGCUGAGAUGGCAGGGUUUUGGGCUAAGCUUCCUUUGAUUCGUAAACUGUUACUGUCUCAUCCUGAGGUUGAGUUUCUCUGGUGGAUGGAUAGUGAUGCAAUGUUCACCGACAUGGCUUUUGAAGUGCCUUGGGAAAGGUACAAGGAUUACAAUUUUGUGAUGCAUGGGUGGAAUGAGAUGGUGUAUGAUGAGAAGAAUUGGAUUGGUUUGAACACUGGGAGUUUUCUUUUGAGGAAUUGUCAAUGGUCUUUGGAUAUUCUUGAUGCUUGGGCUCCAAUGGGUCCAAAGGGGAAGAUAAGGGAUGAAGCAGGGAAAUUGCUCACUAGGGAGCUUAAGAAUAGGCCUGUUUUUGAAGCUGAUGAUCAAUCUGCUAUGGUUUAUUUGUUGGCUACUGGGAGGGAGAAAUGGGGUGAAAAGGUUUACCUUGAGAAUGCCUAUUACUUGCAUGGGUAUUGGGGGAUUUUGGUGGACCGUUAUGAGGAAAUGAUCGAUAAUUACCACCCUGGACUUGGGGAUCAUAGGUGGCCUUUGGUUACUCACUUUGUGGGGUGUAAGCCUUGUGGGAAGUUUGGGGAUUACCCGGUUCAGAGGUGCUUGAAACAGAUGGAUAGGGCUUAUAAUUUUGGGGAUAACCAGAUUUUACAGAUGUAUGGGUUCACUCACAGGACACUUGCUAGUCGCAAGGUGAAGAGAGUGAGGAAUGAUACAAGCAAUCCAAUUGAUGUCAAGGAUGAACUUGGAUUGCUUCAUCCAGCUUUCAAAGCUAUCAAGCUUUCAUCUUCUUCUUGAUGAUGUUGAUAUUGGUUCCUAGUUCGAGAUUCCUACUACUACUGCUAGAUAUUCAUUCAUCACGUCACUAUAGUGCUGAAAAUUGUAAUCUUUAAUUUAUUUGGAUAUGUAUCAGUUAUCAUUGUUUUAGUAUUAUUGAGUUAUAUUGAUCUCUUUGGAAAGAACAAAUACCCUCCUCGUUUGUGUCUUUUGCUGGACUCUUCCGAUGGUCCAUUUUGUGGAUAAAUUGAUUAAUGAGAAAUUGACAAUAAUUCCCUUCUUUAUUGUUAUCUAAUUUUGAUGUACUUGCUAUGUCUUUGCUUAUGUGGUUAAAGGGUCGUGGAAGGAAUCUCUUGUUAGUAACAACUUCAUCUGCUUGUGACAUAUGGAAUCUGUUUGAUAGUUUGGACCCGUCUUGUAAUGGGAUUUCGCUAUAAAUAUGGUUAAUUAGAAUGAAAACUUGAAGCUUUUCGUAUGUUAUGGAGAUGGACGAAGUACCAGUUAAAGAUCAUCAUGUCGAUGCACCCUCUAAUAGUUUUCAAGAUUAUAUUAUUCUUAACAUUACCGAUAUUGACAAGUUAACUUGCCAGUUACGU